GGAAAGGGAGGGAGGGGGGAGAGGGAGGGAGGGAGACGGAGAGAGAUUAGGAGAGGGAGAGAGAGAGAGAGACAUCGGAGGGGAGGAGGGAGAGACGACUCAGAAAGUGGAAUCUGCACAAGCAACCUAAAGGGGGAGGAGAAGAAAAAUCCUGAAGUCGUUAUAACUAAACCCCAGAUGCAACGCAAGCAAGGACUUCGUCACACUAAAACAGAUUCUGUGACAGCCAAAUUUAUAAAUUACGAAGCAGAAAUGAAAAUCAAAGAACUUCCAGAGGUUUGCACCUAGAGAAAGACAAGAAGGACCCACUGCAAACAAGCGAACCCAGUCCAAACAACGCCUCCAGUAGGAAAAGAGGAAAACCGCUACCAGAGGACCCCCGAGCGGAGAGCAGACCUACAUACUGGGAGUGCAGGGCGCCUUAGAACCUCUGAGCGUGCUGCGGGCUGAGUUGCACUUCGCUGCUCUCUGGACAUUAAUUACACCCUUCACCUUCCAUUUGGGGGAGGGCAAGGAGAAAAGUGCUCACCUAAGCUGAAAAGAGAAGUGCUACCAGCGUGGGAGAGAAGUUUAAGAAUGAAACACUGAAUGUUUUGCUUUUAUUUUUAAAUUUACUUCGGCACUUAACAGACCUCAUUUCCAGAUUUCUGGACCAUCUCCGCUGCAGACGUCUAAACCUAACCUCUUGAAAAAAGCUUUCAAAAGACGGGGAAGAAAGCGCUAGGCGGCUGAAGCAUCAGCCGGUCAGCCCAGGUGGAAGCAAGAGUGAGAGUGGGGCUCAGGGGGAGCGCAGUGCCUCUUUCGCAAGCCGCAGGGCCACCACCAGCGCCUGAGCCUUGGAUCCCUCAACGUAUUGCGAGACGCCGGUGUACAGCCCGGACCUGUGCCCCAACAUGAUCGCCGCUCAGGCCAAGCUGGUUUACCAGCUCAACAAAUACUACACCGAGCGCUGCCAGGCGCGCAAGGCGGCCAUCGCCAAGACCAUCCGAGAGGUCUGUAAGGUGGUCUCGGACGUGCUCAAGGAGGUGGAGGUGCAGGAGCCUCGCUUCAUCAGCUCCCUGAGCGAGAUCGAUGCCCGCUACGAGGGUCUGGAGGUCAUCUCGCCCACGGAAUUCGAGGUGGUGCUCUACCUAAACCAGAUGGGCGUCUUCAACUUCGUGGACGACGGCUCGCUGCCCGGCUGCGCGGUGCUCAAACUGAGCGACGGGCGGAAGCGGAGCAUGUCUCUCUGGGUCGAGUUCAUCACGGCGUCCGGCUACCUCUCGGCACGCAAGAUCCGCUCCCGUUUCCAGACGCUGGUGGCUCAGGCGGUGGACAAGUGCAGCUACCGGGACGUGGUCAAGAUGAUCGCGGACACCAGCGAGGUCAAGUUGCGCAUCAGGGAGCGCUACGUGGUGCAAAUCACUCCUGCGUUCAAGUGCACCGGUAUCUGGCCCCGCAGCGCGGCGCAGUGGCCGAUGCCCCACAUCCCCUGGCCUGGCCCCAAUCGGGUGGCGGAGGUCAAGGCCGAAGGGUUCAACUUGCUCUCUAAGGAGUGCUACUCGCUGACCGGCAAGCAGAGCUCCGCCGAGAGCGACGCCUGGGUGCUCCAGUUUGGGGAGGCUGAAAACCGCCUGCUGAUGGGCGGCUGCCGAAACAAGUGUCUCUCGGUGCUGAAGACGCUGCGGGACCGCCACCUGGAGCUGCCGGGCCAGCCGCUCAACAACUACCACAUGAAGACGCUGCUGCUAUACGAGUGCGAGAAGCACCCGCGGGAGACGGACUGGGACGAGGCGUGCCUGGGGGACCGGCUCAACGGCAUCCUGCUGCAGCUCAUCUCCUGCCUGCAGUGCCGCCGCUGCCCGCACUACUUUCUGCCCAACCUCGACCUCUUCCAGGGCAAGCCCCACUCGGCCCUGGAGAGCGCUGCCAAGCAGACCUGGAGGCUGGCCAGGGAAAUUCUCACCAAUCCCAAAAGCCUGGACAAGCUAUAGGGUGCCGGGGACUGCUUGAAAAGCGACACGGACGGGAAUGCUCUCGAACACACGACAGACACACAACUCGGCGACAAACUGCGAGAACUCCAGACACAAACUUUUCUGUCAGCCACCGAAGAGGAACGGAACCCGGCAGAAGACUUCCUUAAUUCACAAGCAAACAAAAAGGAGAGCAGACCCACCACCCAACCAAAAUCACAUUCUUGCACACAAGUGAUCGUUUUCUUCCAAACAAUGUGAAUUUAAAAGGUCACACAAAAGAAGCAAUCGGACUUUGCCACCACAGAAUGAAACCCAAGGUACAUUUUCAAAUCAAAAUAUAGUCGUUUCUCCCUUUUCCUUCUCUCCCCUUCUUCUCUCUCUCCCUCUCCCACCCUCCCCACUUUGUUUUGGGUUGCCUGAAUGUUGUCACCAAGUGAAAAAAAAAAAGUAUUUAAUUAUAUGUAAAAUUCCUCUUUUAAACAAAGUUUUGCUGAUGUUAACUGUAUCUCAGUGCCAAUGUCAAAUGUGCCCCUCCUUCUCCCACACCUUUUCCCUCACCCUAAGCAGUCUUGUUGAAAACAGUAAU